AUGAUCCCAGCCAUUCCAUCCCCGCUCGCUCCCCACCGCAUCAUCACGCUCCGCACCGGCAUCGACCACUGGAAGAUCGAUCCGUGGGAGGAGAAUGAGGGCAAGCCGCUGCUGGAAGAGUCAUCGUUUGCUACGCUUUAUCCUACAUACCGUGAGGCCUACCUUCGAGAGGUCUGGGCCCUCGUCACCCAAACGCUCGAGGCGUAUGGCAUCGGCUGUGUUCUGGACGUCAUCGAAGGCUCCAUGACCGUCUUUACCACCAUGAAGACCUCCGAUCCGUACAUCAUCAUCAAGGCCCGCGACUUUAUCAAGCUCCUUGCCCGCUCCGUCCCCUUUGAGGUUGCCAAGCGCGUGCUCGGCGACGACACCGCCUGCGACAUUGUCAAGAUCGGCAACCGCGUCCGCAACAAGGAGCGCUUCCUCAAGCGCCGGAAGCGCCUGAUCGGCCCGCAGGGUCAGACUCUCAAAGCGCUGGAGAUCCUUACAGAGUGCUACAUCCUCGUUCAGGGCAACACCGUUGCGCUCGUGGGUCCCUUCAAGGGCCUCAAGAUCGCCCGCCGCAUUGUCGAGGACACUUUCAACAACGUCCACCCCAUCUACAACAUCAAGAAGCUCAUGAUCAAGCGCGAACUUGCCGCCGAUCCGGCCCUCGCCGAGGAGUCGUGGGACCGCUUCCUGCCGCAGUUCAAGAAGAAAAACGUCAAGCGCCGCAAGCCGCACAAGGUCCGCGCCAAGGAUCCCAACGCCUACACUCCGUUCCCGCCUGCGCAGCUCCCGCGAAAGGUCGACAUUCAGCUCGAGACUGGCGAGUACCACCUCACAGAAUCUGAGCGCGCCCGCCGCGACAAGGCUGCAAAGGCCAAGGCCGCUGCUCAGGCUGCAGAGAACGCGGUCGCCCGCCGCAACAAGGACUUCAAGGCCCCCGACGAGUCGGCCCGCAAUGAUGCGGCCACCGCCGCGCCCUCGGCAUCCUCCUCCCGCUCCACCGUAGACAUCGUCGCCGCCAUCAAGAGUUCAUCCUCCAAGCGCAAGCGCGGCGACACCUCUGUCGGCGCAGACCUCGAGGCCUUGGAGGCCGAAGCCGCCCGUCCGUCCAAGAAGCACAAGUCCAAGGACAAGGCCAAGUCAAAGUCCAAGGACAAGUCAAAGUCCAAAGACAAGGCCAAGUCAAAGUCAAAGUCAAAGUCCAAGAAGGAGUAAAUCAUUCCCAUCCCUA